AUGCGGCGCAUGCAAAUGCCAUUGAGAAUUUUCCGGUUUUUUGUAGCAGCCACCCUGAUUGCAGUGUACGCCGGAGUUCCAAGUGAGACUGUGAACAUAUUUGGUGUGUGGUAUACGGUUUCGCGUGUCGCAUUGAGUCACUGCUACUCAUAUAUUGAAACCCCAUCUUUGAGCUAUCUUCGCUCUGCGGCCUGGUGGGCUGGCAACAUAAGUUGCGUCACUGGAAUAAUUGCGGCGGCUAAGAAGCUAUAA